AUGGGGAACGAGGAAAUCGAUCUAGACUGGAGGUAUUCUCGCGCACAACAGGGCGAAAAGGGCCCUCUCUGGAUGACCGACCAGUCGGGCAUAAUCAAGGUACCACAACAUCUGCUGAAGAAGAUCCGCGCCAAAGAUCUGGCGCCGCCCUUCUCGGCCCUCGUUGACGUGGACGCUAUCAAGAAGGACAAGGUGCACAACUGCCUCAUCUGGGCGGUGCAAGCAACGCGUGGGGACUUGGACGAGGCGGCUCAGACGGGCGUGGUGUUUGUUGUUGAUGCGGUACAUGCUAUGCCCAUCUUCGGGGGCGAGGGGGGUAAUCAUGCCAUUCUAGAUGGCGUGGAGCUGGCGGUUUCACCAGUUGAUGGAAAAGUGGAAUAA